AUGGAUAAACGAAAAAAUAAAAUACAUUCUUUAUUAGGCCAAAUAAAGGACGAAGCAGAGGGGAUAAAAACGAGUUUAAAUACAAUUAUUGAGGAGAUUGAAAGGAAGGUGAACAGUGACAACAAAAAAUCGGAUAUUCUCGAUAUUUUCGAACAUGAGUUUGAGGUUUUAAAGAAGUUUACUGAAAUCAACUUUAGUUUAGAAUCGUUUAUUGAAGAUGAAACUUCAUGUGGUGAAAAUGAACCACUACCUUUAACCCCUCCAAAGCCAAUCUCUCUGUGUCCCAAUAAAUCAUCAUCAGAGACUUUGGAACUUAAUUCUAGCAAUUUGCAACAAAGUUUAGUAGUUAGUUUAGUAAAUAAUUUACCUUCCACAUCAAAUGGAACAAAUAAUGAAUUUAGUGUAGCAGAUGUGGAUAUCUCUGUGUUAAAAGACAAUGUUAAAAAGUUGACAGAAAAAUUAGGGCUAAACGACCAAACAAACCAAUAUACACAGUACUAUGAGAAAAACAAUAGUAACAUUGAGCAAUUAUUACCUGAAAGAGACCUUACACCCACAUGUACCUUAAAUAAUACACUGGAAGAAAAUCAUAUUGAGAAUUCAGAGGUUCACCCCAUUGACGAAGAAGAAACAAGUACAGAGUACGAAAGUAUAUCAUCUUUGAACACAGAAAACACAGCAAAGUGUUCAGGGGAGAAAGGCCCUUCCACGUUGUUAGAAAAACUUUCCCAUCUGAACAACAAAAAUGAACCUUCCAACAGUGGCCCUGACAUUCCAAACCAGGUUAAAUUAAUGCCGACAAAUACUGUAAUUAAGAAUAAUUUAAAAAAGAGUAAGAAAGGCAAAAAGAAUGCCAAUAAGACAAUGUAUGAAAUUACCGAAAAAGAAUGUCCAUCAGUGGGGAGUAAAUGCGCUUUUAGUCAUAUAGAAUCACCUGAUGAAUUUUAUCUUCAUAUGGUAGACCCAGAGACCUGUAAUGUAUUAGAUGAAAUAUCAUUCACAAUAAAGGAAUAUGCUAGAGCACUACCCUGCUAUAGAACAAAGGAUGAAGCCAGCAGUGCCAUAGGAAAAUAUGGGGUUGUACUUAGCGGUGAUGGGGAAUGGUACCGGGCAGAAAUCAUAGAUUGGAACCUGGAUAACCGAUCCAAUCAAAUAUUAGCAAAACUGUGCGAAUAUGGCAACAACAUAUUGGUAGAUUACAAAAAUUUAAGACGAUUAAAUAAGGAAUUAGCGGCUAUACCGAAAUUGGCUGUCAGAUGCCAUCUACCUUAUCUUUACUCACCUGACUCAACAAACGCAAACCGACUGAAAAACUGGCCCAGAUCCACGAUUGAAGCCAUGAUAGACAUGAGCGGUCUUUUUAGUUCAGACGAAGACGAACAUAAGUUGUUUGAAAUCGUUUACUCGAACAAAGUUAACGAAUCCGUUGAAAUUGAUUUGUACAACCCGUUCCAUUCGGAACCAGACAAAACCGUGGGCCAAAUACUUCUCGACUUGGGAAUAGCGGUACAACUAAUAGAGCAAUUGGACGAAAAUAAUUUGGAUCUAGAAGAGUACCUGGAAGACGUCGAGACGUACGGCACUGCUGCCAACGUAAACGAAGCCAUUCUAGGUUACGAUCCCCGUGACCAAGCCAGAAUAUGCCAGUUCACAAGACCGGAUGGAACUUGUUUUAAAGGCAAAAAUUGCAAGCUAGAGCACAUUUUAACGAAAGGGGGAUUCACCACAGACAAAAUACCAUGCCAUGUGCAAGCCUUAAAUAAUCUCGAAUUACCUUCAAAAGGCGAAACUGUACAAAUUUUGAUCACAGGUUUUACCAACUUGUGCAAUUUUUACGCCCAAAUUAUUAGAAAUCCUGUGAUGGAGAAACAUUACCUAAUGGACUCCUCCUUACAACAACUCAUCAACACGAUGAACUCUCCAAACGUCGUUAAAACCUACCAACAAUUUAAACUGUCACCUGCGAUAGGGGAGUUUUGCAUUGUCCACCACUGGACUGGACAGUGGCUGAGAGGAGUUGUAAGAGGUUUAAAUUUUGACAAAAAUAAUUUUGCUUCUUCUGCUGAAGUAUUUAUGCUGGAUUUUGGGGAUAUGUCCACUGUUUUGCUUAAAAAUAUAAGACACAUCAAAGAAGAUUACUUGAUGCUACCAGUUCAGGUAAUUAGCAUAUAUUUGGCCGAAUAUCAAGAAUUAUCUGAACUAAAUCCUAAUGUUGCAAAAACAUUUUUUGAAGAACACAUUCUGUUUCGCAAUUUUCUUGCCACUGUAAAAAGCCAGAGGUUACCUCUAAAAGUGGACAUAUUUACCCAUAAAUAUGUAGAUAUUGGGACAAUUUUAUUACAAAAAAAAUUAAUAAAAAAGAGGGAAAUCGACCAUAACGUGGCUGAUAAUUAUAUUAUACAUUUAGAUUAA